CUGAAACAACUGAAAAUUCUUCCAGCAUUUGUGGGCGCAUGCUGUUGCUAGUGGGUAGCUUUUCCCUAGUCAUCCUAUUCCUUUUCCUCCCCAUGCUUCAGUUGACUAUUCCCGUCACUGUGUAGCUCAGCACAAGUAGUACUGGAGUUGGGACAAGGACGCAACUGUCUCCAAAAGUUGACGCUCAUGAUUCUCAUUCUGCAUUCUAGUAAACGUCCAAUCUUUGGGUUUUACUGAUUUUUAAUCAUCAACCUUAUUCGCACUUGUCCUCAUCUUUUCUGGGCUAAGGCUCUUUUUCUCAGCUACGUAAAUCUGACUGAUUAUUGCCCCGAGCAUACGCUCUCCUCUGCCUAGUCCCGCCAGCUUCAGGUUCAAGUAAUCUUUGAGUUCUGCCUUGGCUUUGCUGCUGCAAAAGCUUUGCAGUAGUCUACUCUUGUGGCAGGGAUUGGUAUCCAGAAAGCUAUGGCAGAGGAUGACUUGUAUACUAAGGACGGGACAGUUGACUGCCGUGGUAAUCCUGCCAAGAAAAAUGAAACUGGGACUUGGAGAGCCUGUCCUUACAUCUUAGGAAAUGAAUGUUGUGAAAGAUUGGCAUAUUAUGGAAUGAGUUCUAAUCUGGUGCUAUUUUUCAAGCAUCGACUUGGACAGCACAAUGCCACUGCUUCUAAAAAUGUAUCUGAUUGGUCUGGGACAUGCUAUAUCACACCCUUAAUUGGAGCAUUUUUUGCAGAUGCAUAUCUUGGAAGAUUUUGGACAAUUGCUUGUUUCUCAAUCAUCUAUGUUCUGGGGAUGACAUUGUUGACAUUAUCAGCCUCAAUCCCCGGUCUGAAGCCAACCUGUCAUGGAAAGGAAUCUUGCCAUGCAACAGGAACACAGAGUUCUGUUGUCUUUUUAGCUCUUUAUCUCAUAGCAUUGGGAACUGGUGGUAUAAAGCCUUGUGUAUCUUCCUAUGGAGCCGAUCAGUUUGAUGACACAGAUGAGGUUGAAAAGAAGCACAAGGCUUCUUUCUUUAAUUGGUUCUAUUUUUCAAUCAACAUUGGUGGACUUAUUGCUUCAUCAGUGCUGGUCUGGGUACAAGAUAAUGUGGGUUGGGGAUGGGGAUUUGGCAUUCCAGCCGUAACAAUGGCAAUUGCUGCGGUUAGUUUCUUUUCAGGUUCUCGAUUGUAUCGUAACCAAAAACCAGGAGGAAGCCCUUUGACGCGCUUGUGCCAAGUGCUUGUUGCAUCUUUCAAGAAGUAUAAAGUUGAAGUGCCUGAAGACAAGUCUUUGUUGUAUGAAUGCAAAGAUACUGAAUCUGCAAUAGAAGGAAGUCGGAAGCUUGGGCAUACUAGUGAUCUUGUUUUCUUUGACAAGGCAGCCGUUGAGAGGGAAUCUGACUAUAAAAGGGGCUCUGUAGAUCCUUGGAGACUUUGUACGGUGACUCAAGUUGAGGAGCUAAAAGCCAUAAUACGAUUGCUUCCUAUAUGGGCAACAGGUAUCAUCUUCAGCAGUGUGUAUGGUCAAAUGAGCACCCUGUUCGUCUUACAAGGAGAAACGAUGAAUACUUAUGUGGGACAUUCUACCUUCCAAAUCCCGCCUGCAUCACUUGGGAUUUUUGACACCCUGAGUGUCAUAUUCUGGGUUCCUGUUUAUGACCGAAUUAUUGUCCCGGUUGCCAGAAAGUUCACAGGUCACAAAAAUGGCUUGACUCAGCUUCAGAGAAUGGGAAUCGGGCUCCUCAUAUCGAUCUUUGCCAUGCUCUCAGCAGGGAUCUUGGAACUUGUUAGAUUACGCUAUGUGAAAAGACAUAACUCCUAUGAUCUUGAAGAGAUACCCAUGUCAAUAUUUUGGCAGGUGCCUCAGUAUUUCAUCAUAGGUUGUGCAGAAGUUUUCACAUUCAUUGGACAGCUGGAAUUCUUCUAUGAGCAAGCACCUGAUGCCAUGAGAAGUUUGGGUGUUGCUCUCUCCCUGACCACAGUUGCCUUGGGAAACUACUUGAGUUCCUUGCUUGUGACCAUUGUGACAAGAAUUAGCACAAAGAAUGGAAAACCUGGUUGGAUACCGAAUAAUCUUAAUCGCGGUCACACCGAUUACUUCUUCUGGCUCUUGGCUGUGCUAAGCGUGCUGAAUUUGGGAGCUUAUAUCCUCAUUGCAAAGUGGUACACGUACAAAAAACCAGUUGGGACUCUUCGCUGAUGAGGUAUACAAGGUGGCAAGUUUCCUCACUGCAGAAAGAUGCAUCCGUCAGAGUUGUUGAGAAUUUCAAACAUAUGUUCUUCAAUGACUGUUUGUUUGCAUAGAUGAAACAGUUUAUUGGGAUAUCACAAAUUACAAGAUUACAGCAAUUUCUUGACAGGUUUGCAUGGCAAUAUAUGAUGUAAAACAAGUGGUUGGGUCAAAGUAGACUUUUAGCUUGUUUUUACUACAUUAAA